AGGGGCUGAACUUUGGGGCUUUGCUGAGUGGGGGAGGGGCAGGUGAAAGGCUUCAAAGGAAAAGCCAAGACAAUGAGUCCCGCUAGUGAUUGGUUUCGAGGGUCCCUUCUUGGAUUGGAAUUGCCAGUUUGCAGCGACGAGGUGGAAGGGCUGGAGGGAAGCCCCAACCAGGUGACUGGGCAGAACUACCCUUGGUCCUUUGACUGGGCAGUUCUGUUUCCCGUACUGAUAAGCUGAAAUUCCCUCACCCUCACUCGGAAAUAGUCCCCGAAGAGCUGCCACAUGCCCGUUUCCCUGGCGCAGAGCACAUCUCCUCACCGUCCAGGCAGAGAUUGGAGCCCAGAGAGUUUGCACACUGCAUGCACUUCAGAGCCAGCUUGUGUGGGGGAGAGCCAGGAUCUUCUGAAUUUAACUGAGAUUCCUUUAAGUCCUGCACUAACCCACAGACCAUUUGGCACUUUCUUCAAAGGCAGGAGUCAAUUCCCAGGGGAUCUCUAAUUGAAUCUGGCAGUGACAAACAUUGUUUCUCUGUAAUCUUAACCAUUCAGGUGGUUACUGCCCCAAGGGACCUGGUGUGUGUGUGUGUGUGUGUGUGUGUGUGUGUGUGUGUGUGUCUGUUUGUCUGUCUGUCUGUCUUGUCUGGGUUGGAAGUUCAAGAUGUUGGAUGGCUCCAAGUUUCCACACCCACGAACCAUCAGGUGGUAUGAGAGGAACUUCUUUAUCACCAACCUGACUCUUGCAGGCGGUUAGUGAGGUCACACGGAGAGAGGGCUGAAUUUCACUUCCUUCUGUGAGACAGGUUGUACCAAUCUCAGCCUGGGCGAUGUUGGGAAUGGUAGCCUGGGAGGAAAGAUUUGCAGUCAGGGAGACUGGUGAGUGGACCGUGGCGGGGGGGACAGGUGCUGGCCACUUUGCUGGGUACUCCUACCUACCCUCUGGACCAUCCUGGGCAGACAGCUCCACUGAGCUGAGCUACAAGUGACUAAUCAGCCUUUCUCUUCUCUGUCUCUCUCCUCUCUCCCUCCCUCCCAGGACACGCUCUUACCACAUCGGGGAGCCUGUUUGUUGUGUUGAGCAAGCAGGGGGUGGAGACUAGAGUAGAUGGGCAGCGGGGCGGGGCUUAGCAGGUUUGGAGGGAACCUGGCAGCCUGGAAUCGCUUGCUUUUGUUUUUGCAGGGAAGCUUGAAACUCUGCGCCCAGAACCUUGGUGGUGACUGCAGGGCAGCGUGUGUGUGCGCGCGCGCGCGUGCAUGCGUGCAUGCGUGUGUGUGUGUGUGUGUGUGUGUGUGUGUGUGUUCUGUGAGCCCUGGGUGUGCAGCCAGCCCCAGCACCCUUCUGCUCUCCCGCUGCCCCUGGAGGCUAGCCGCGUUGACGUUUCCCCAGGGGACAUGGAGCCACCUCAGUGUGUGGAGGAACUGGAGGAUGAUGUGUUCCAGCCAGAGGACGGGGAGCCCGGCACGCAGCCCGGGAGCCUGCUCUCCGCUGACCUCUUUGCCCAGAGCCAGCUGGACUGCCCCCUCAGCCGCCUGCAGCUCUUCCCUCUCACCCACUGCUGUGGCCCUGGACUUCGACCCACCAGCCAGGAAGACAAGGCCACCCAGACCCUCAGUCCAGCCUCCCCCAGCCAGGGUGUCAUGUUGCCUUGUGGGGUGACAGAGGAACCCCAGCGCCUUUUCUAUGGCAAUGCUGGCUACCGGCUCCCUCUCCCUGCCAUCUUCCCUGCCAGCUUGCCGCUGGGUGAGCCGCCCCCUGAAGGGCAGUGGCAGCAGCGCGCCGAGGUACAGAUUGCCCGAAAGCUUCAGAGCAUCGCAGACCAGUUUCAUCGCCUUCACAUGCAGCAACACCAGCAGAACCGAAAUCGCGUCUGGUGGCAGGUUCUCCUCUUCCUGCACAACCUCGCCUUGAACGGGGAUGAGAACCGGAAUGGGGCGGAUCCCAGGUGAGGCUGGGAUGCCGGCCCUCUCCGCACGGGGCACAACGGGAAGGACAUCGGCGAGGACGGAGACUGUCUUGUGAAGUUGUUUUUUGUAUCGUUCUCGUGUUUUUAUUUUAAGAUUUUUUUUUUCCCCUCUGUGUGUGUACAUAAGACAUACCCAAGCGGGGCCUCUUUCCCUGUUCGGGGGCCGAGACCAGGAAUGGGGGCCUUUGUCAAACACUGUUGAAGUUCAGGCUGAACUGUCUGGGAUGGUGGGAAGGCCCCAGGGCCCUGCGGAGGCACUUGUCCAGGCGGCAAUUGUCAGACCUGCCCAGGGACUGGCAUGCUCUGGAGAGAAGGCUGGAGUUUUCCACAGGAACUCGGCUGAGAAAUCGGAGCCUGGGUUAGACUCCUAGUUCCGCCAGACCUCGCAUCCUUCCACCAUGGACAGAGCUGAGAUUCGAGACGCGCUGUCACUCGGCUGCAACCCCGCCCCCCGCCUCAGCCGGGGUGGCCAGCUCCAGGUCUGGGCUCUCUGUCGGCCCCACCGGUGCCCACCCCAAGGGCUCAGGGAUUCUUGUCCAGCCCCUGUCAUCUCCAGCAGACCUCAGGGAGGGUUGGGUUUUUCUCCAAGGACCCCUCAAAUGUGCCACAAAAUGAACGAAACUGCUCCGUAGGCCUCAACCUGACACGGUGACACUCAGAGGCCCCCCCACCCCCAGGAUGGAGGUGCCGCCUCCGGCUACCUGGGCCAGGCUGGAUGUUCACCGUGCAUGAGCCAAAUCACCAGUCCGCGUGCUGUAGCCAGCAGCUUGUGCCUUCGCCAGCUCUUCUCUCAGAAGACCCAGCCAACAGACUCCCCACCCAGAACCAGCACUCUAGGGCACCCUGGGGUGGGGUUGCUGUGAGGCUGGGAAAUGGGGUGCUGUCCCACUUCCAAGAGUCAGCCCUAGAGGAACCCAGACUUCUUGGUUUCCUUGGAAACAACAUACCUCCUCCCGUUUAUCCCAUUCCUUUUUUUUCACACAUCGUCGGAUGCAGGAAGAAGCCGGCACCGCUCAGCUGGGCUAGCUGAGACGUGCGUGUGAGAGAAAACAGUGAUUUGUGUGCAACUGUCCAGGCUGGGCCCACAGCUCCUAUCUUCCUGCGGCUCCCAGCCGGGCCAGGAGGGCCGGCUCUGGUACUCACCAAGGCGGCAGCUGCCCCGGGCACCUCUUUCCUUCUCUCCCUGCUGGGACUACUCAGAGAGUUAAAAGCAGCUGGCCCGGCAGCCCUGAGAGCAAACACGGGGAAUCUGUGGACCAGACACCUAGUAGAAAUUAAAUUAUAAUUUUUUUCCCCACGCGUCAGAAAAGAUAACAUUGGUGCUAAUGCUGGAACAAGGCCUGAAGCAAAGGUGGCUGCGUCGGGCAGAGGCCAUCCCACGACGCCCCACAGAAACGGGCGGAGUCCUGAGCGUGCCCGGCUCCUCCAGCUCUGCGCAGAGAUGUGUUCAGCGGGUGGGAGAGGAAGCGUGGCUGGAGGGGUACAGCCGGGCAGGAUGCUCGCUGCACGGGGCACCUGCGGAGGAAGAGGAUGGAGACUGAGAUCCAGGGAUGCUCUGCUGAGCUGUGGCCUUCGGGUGGGGCCUUGUCUACCCAGAGGCCCAGGUGCCUUUCUUAAUUUGCACGAAGGUGCUGUCGGGGCUCCCAGAGGCCCCCCUGAGGUGAAGGCCCUCAGUCUGUGUGUGUGUCAGGCUUUGUCUUGUUCUGCUUGGAUGUUCUGGAGGGGGGUCCCUCUUCUUGGCCAGAAUUAAAUUCUCAGGGUGUGUACCAUGGUUUGUCUGCUAAGAAGACGGAUUCCUGCUUACAAGGUGGAGCCAGAGGACAGGCAGGAACGCUGGCUCCGGGACGCACUGACCGUGGGGAAGUCCCGCCUCCCCGCCAGUCCCACCCCCGUGCCUUUGUGCGUGCUUGGGCCCCCGCACUAUUCUCCCCUGCCCUGGACCAACGCGGGGUGUCGGUGUGCGCCUCACCGGCCACACAUGAGAAAACCAGCUCUUCUGAUGCUUGGCAGACUUUCCACCAGCCGAGGGAGAGAGCAAACGCUUGGUCAAGGCCUUGGUGCUAAGGUCAAGCCAUUGACUUCGGAGCCCUUACCAGGUGCGGGGGGAGGGGGGGACUGCCUGCGGCCUGUCCUGAGAGCUGAGCCCAGAGGCUGCCCGGCUGGGGACCGGGGACGGUGGCCUGGCUGCUCUGUCUCCAUCUCCCGCGGCGCCAGGGACCAACUUCACUCUUGUCAGCCAACUAGGACCAGAUGUAAAAGCCUCCCUCCCUCCUGCCUCCUCCUCCAGCCACCCAAAAGCCCUGGAGGUAUCUGGCUCAGGAGCCCCAGGAGGGAGAGAGGUUCCUCCUGGCUGGCUGGGUAGAACAGGGCGAGUGGUCUAGACCAGCCCUUCCUCUGCCAAAUAUAGGCCCCGAGCCUGGCCCUAGGACGGUGUUUCUCCCCCCUGACCCCUUAUCUGGGUUGAGGAGUGGAGAAGUAGACGGGGAUUGGAGGGGGGUGUCUUGUGGAGCCUUUGCAGCUUGCUGAGGGUGUGGUGGGAGCAGGACAGGGUCCCCCUUAUUCUCCUGGAAGAGGAAGGGGGAAACCUGAUAGUCAGGGUCCAAAUAGCCCUAAUUCAGAGCCUCAGAAGGUUCUGGAAGCCUCCCAGCAAGUUGUAAGUGGGAGGCUGAGGCCCAGCUGCCUUUGCCUGUUCCACCAUCGCGGCUGCCGGACAAUUGCCCCCACCCCCCCACCCCUUGGAACAGUGGCCUCCCGCUGCCUGGGGGGCAGGGCUGUGCAGAGCCAGGUGCUCAGAGGCAUCAGACUUGUCUGUUUGCCCUGGGCAAGCUCCAGCUUGGACAUGGGAGAAGGGGGUCAUUUAGGACCGCCUUGCCCAGGCUUCCAGCUGAAGAGCCACAGGACCUGGUCAGGCCAGCAAAGAUCACACAUCCCAGAGAGUGGG